CGACCACGAAGAUAGGUCAACAGGAGAGCACUGCCCACGGCCACGCCCACACCCACAGCAUGAUAGAGACGAAGCCAGAGGAAAGGGCGGGAGAGGAGCAGCGGACCCAGCAGACGCAAUCAAUUUCGCAGGCAGCAGCUAAUAAUACUAAUAAUUCGCAGCACCUCGUAAAUCAAGAGCCUGAGUCAGCCGUGUUUUGUUUGUCAAUAGCGAUGGCGACGGCGCCGGAAGUGCUCGGUAUGACAGGGCAAUUUCCGGUUGGUCGAGGGAUCACCUGGGGCGGGAGCAACCCAAUGAAUCACCACCAACCGUCAUCACAGGGCGAACAUGGAAGCAGGAACUCUCGAUUACAUCUACUACAGGUGGGCAAAUUUCCUCUAAUUCAAGAUAUUAGAGAACACCAAGUCUUUCCCUUGGAUUCGAAAGAAAAUAUACGCUUUCCAUUGAGUUUAGUGAAGGUAUACACCACCUCCAAUCAAGGACAACCAAAAACAGUACCGCGACAUCAAGUAUACGCCCCGUAUUCGACACCCUGCUUUCCCCUACAUCAAGUAUACGCCCCAUUGCACCAUGGAUUUCCCCAAAUGAUACAGCUGGGGAACCGCAAGAAUUCCGGUGAUGCAGUCCCGCACAUAAGCAUCACAAUGACCAGGCGCAAACCAGCAGUGGCCAGCUCACCACCCAUCGCGAUGGCUCCCCAGGAAUUUCCCAUAAUUAAAAAGCAAUUUGUUAGCUUUCCCAAUUAUCGAACGGUGGCGAAUGAAGAUGGGCCAAAGACGACGCCCGCAACAACAACUGUGACGCAGCGGGGACCCGCCAAAGUCACCGAAAUAGACGAAGGAGGCGUCGGUGGUGUACAUAAGGUGUUUGAUAAUGAACCCGAGGCCGAGAGGAGGGCAACGGCAACGGCGGCGGCGGCAGCAUUAAACUUGAACGUGGUGGAGGCGGUGGCGAAGGAAAUCGAGCAUCAACAGGCGGAAAAUCUUAAUGACGCCUUCGGCCAGCGACACGACUACAAAGGCAGAGUCAGCGACGACGCCAUGGAUGUGGAUGUGGCCAAAAAUAAACGCGAAAUAUGCGAGCAAAGCAAAUUAGAGAAGGCCGAAGAUCAUAAUGAGCUAAAUAUGACUGAGAACUUGGCGGAUCAAGAGCAGCAGCAGCAGCGGUGGCAGAGGCAGUCAAUAUGCUUGGCCAGGGAGCAGACAAUAGAUGGGGAUGGGUAUGGGUAUGGGAAUGGGAAAGGCAACCACCAGCAACGACGGCGGCGGUGGCAGCUAUCCGGCGAACUCUCAGCCUCAGACGCGCGCGAAUCGUCGCCAGAGCAAGUGGACGUGAAUAAUCUCGGUCGACAGCAACUGACCCGCGAGCGGAAUCGAACUCAGAAUUGCUAUCGGAAUCCGUGCCCAAAUAUAGAAUCACUAAAGAGUUCCGUGCGCGCCUUUCUCGCCGACAGCUCUCCGAUUGACUGGGAUUGGGACUGCGACUGGGAGCUACUCGAACUUUUGACCAACGCCAUCGAGCUGCUCUGCGCCGCACCUGCGGACACGGGUAACCUUUGGAGCGAGGAGGCGGUCCAGGCCGGAGCGGACAUGACCGUCAGCCAAGUCAGUGAGGAGCGGGAGACAGAAACCGUCGACGUUUAUCCCGCCGCCGCCGAGCAACUCGAUCAGCCCCUAGACUUGGAGUCGGAGCUGGACAACAACAACAACAAUAGCAGCAGCAUCUCCGCCACUAUAACAGAGCCCAUCGAUAUGAAGUAUUCAACGAGUACUGCCAGUAGGAUUCCCAGGACAGAGGUUCCUCAGCCCGCAAUUCAACCAAGCAGCAGGCCAAGUGCCACGAGUCGUAUACGCGAUGUGGCGGGUGUACAGGGAACCACCCGGACAACGACAACUCCUCUGCUGGGCGAACUAAAGCGCAGCUCCACCGAAGCCUCCUCCAUUGAUACGGACUCAGUGCUGCCGGAGAGGACGCGUCUCCGACGACAGCGACGCAUGCGCUCACAGGAUUCCGUGGAGGAAAAGCCUGAGGAUGUGAUUGAACGGAUAAACAAGCUGAAGGCCCGCAUCUCCGGAGCCCUUAGCGAGGUGAAGGGCGUGCUCAAGCAGUACAGCACGGAGAGCGAGGCGGAAGGUGGAGCCCAAGAGACGCCGUCAUCGAAGCCAUCACUAGCUGCCGCGGAUACAGCUCCAGUGUCCUUUCGGUUUGUGACAAAAGUGCGGCGACGCAGCUACUUUGACGAGGCCGAGGAGGAGAAGGAGCAGGCUCAGUCAGGAGGGCAGACAGAAGCUACCAAGGAUAAGGAAAAGCAGAGCAAUCAGGGCUACCUUUCUGUUCCGCAAAAAGAUAAUAAAAUUAAGAGAGAACAGACGCCCUUUGCCUUUACUGAGAAAAAUGAAUCGAGCCCCAAUAAAAAUCUGGAAAGUAAGGAAAAAGAAAGCGUGGAUGAAAAGCAAAAAGAUUUAAAUGAUACGUCUGAUCAAGUUGGAGUUCUGCAGAAGGAAAAUCAAGCUUUUGAAGUGGACCAGGAGUCCAAGUCGACUGGUCUACUAAAGUCGAAAGAAAUCAAAGAGGCAACCAAAGAACCAAAUGAGAAAUCUGAGAAAAUCAAAGAAGCAAAACAUCCUGUGAAAAAUGAAAAAGUAGAAGAUGCUACAACGAAAUCUAAUUUUAAAGAAGUCCCAGAGGAACCACCAAAGGUAAAUGGUGAGCUACCCAGGACAGAUGGGGAUAUAAACAAAGUCCUCGAGAAGAGCAAAAGCCAGACUAAACUUGAGUUCCUUGCCAAGGUACAAAGUGAGCUCAAGUCCAAGUCCGUGAGGGAAGCCAGUCGCAAGGAAGCAGCACCCAAAGAAACAAUUGCCAAAGAACGAAGUCCAGAGGAAUCAGCUUUAAAGGAAGCAUUGCCAAAGGAAACAACUCCAAAAGAAGUUACAUCCAAGAAAGCAUCGCUCAAAGAAACAACACCAAAGGAAGAAGCACACAAGGCAGCAUUGCCAAAGGAGGAGACUCCCAAGGAAACCACUUCCCAUAAACCAGUUAAACCCGAACUAGUAGUCACCCCCGCCAAUGAUGCUGGGCCGCUGCCAGAUGAGUCAGCCGCAGUGCAGCCUCCGCCCAAGAUCAAGAAGAAAGUCAUCGUGAAGGCGAAGAACCCGAGGCGCGCCUCUAUAGCCGCCGUGGAGCCAUCCAAGAUCAAGGUGGAGCCGGCCGUCGAGCAGAUCGAUGCUCUCAUCAUUCAGCGGAGACCCUCCGACUCGGAGACCAUUGUGAAGCGCAAGAAGAAGCUGAAAUUAAUGGGCGCAGUCACAUCCCCAACCACAUCCCCGCCAGCAGCAGAAGCCGCAGCAAAAUCAACAACAUCGGCGGCUACAACUUCCGGCAAUCGGAGGGAGGCGACGCCUUCGAUAGCCGAAGAACAAUUGGCGACGCCAGAGGUCACAUCAGUGGCAGCCAAGUCGGCCAGUGCCAAGAGUGACCAAGGAGAGGCGACAACGCCUGCGGCAGAGGCAGUGACAACUGCAGCAGCCACGCCGACGGAGGCAAUCGAUGGCAAUCUAGCGCCAGCAGGCAAUCGAAGCAGACGCGCCAGCCUGAAAUUAGCGGAGUUGGUUGGUGAAACGGUGCUGGUAGUACCGGCACCCCAUCCAGUCCCAGCAGCAGUAGCAGCCACCGAGGCAUUGCCUCCGACCAAGUCCAAGGAACCCAUUAAUCAGGAGACGCAGCUGCAGGUGCAAGCAACGCCUCAACAGGUGGCCGUCGCCGCUGACAUUGCGCCGCAAAUAGCGACGACAUUGAGGCAGGAAGAGUCAUCGCCUGAGCAGCAGCCAGAGCAGCAGGCGGAGGCGGUCGAAGCUACAAAAGUCGGAGAACAGGCGCCUCCCGGCGACAGUCUAGCCAUCAUGCCGGAGCUGAAAGUACUUGCGGGCCCGGUGCAGCCCGUCAAGAUCGAGACCGUUGAGCAGCCACACGAUGAGGCCAAGGGACAGGAGCCGCUGGUCAAGAAGAAGGCGCCGUCGCACCUCAAGAAGCUGGUGCGCAAGAAUUCCAUAGACAAGAGCAAGGAUGAGCACCAGCAGGAUCAGAAACAGCAGGACUCUACUAAGUUGAGCAACAUACUGCGCGACAAGAACAAGAUCAAUGAGCUCUCCUCCCGGAUCAACAAGCUAACGCCGCCCAAGAAGCAGGCAGUAAAGCAACCGCCCACCCAGCCCAAGGAGGAGGAAAAGAAACUAGCAACCGAGAUUAAGGAGGAGCAGCCAACGGAAGAAUCCUCAGUGGCGGAGGAGGCUCCACUAGAAACUGAGCCUGGAGAGGAACCCGAAACGGAACCUGCGCCCGAACCCGAGCCUGCUCCGAAGCCCAAGAAGCCGCGCAAGAUCAAAAAGAAGGUGAUCAUCAAGCGACAGAAGCGACGUCUCUCCAUCGGAGACACAUUCUUCCUGCAGCCGGAACCCGAGGAGCCCACGAUCCCAGAGAUCGAGACCAUUGAGCGGGCUAUUGCCUACGUGACCGAUGACGAGGAGGAAGAGGAGGAACAGGCACCCGAGGAGGAACCCAGCAAGGCUCUCAAAUCCUGCAUGCAUGUCCGCGAAUACAAGAUCGGGGACCUGGUACUAUACGCCGAACGCUUUCGCAAGACCCAGGUGCGUUGGAAACGGGGCCGAGUUCUGGAGCGGAUCACCAGCAUCUCGUACAAGUUGGAAAUCGAGGGAAAGGAGGUGCCCGCCCAUGUCAGCUAUAUCAAGAAGUACACCGGACGGAAGGUGCGCUUCGGGGGCAAGGAGUACCUGGAGAUUGACUACGAGCAGGUGGCCGAGGAGGAGCGCCGGGCGGCCAGCUACAGCAUAUGGAACAUGGUGUAGGUCCAGCUUUGGUUCAGGACCAAAAUCCCAACCCCAGUGGCGUCCAGUGUUCGGUUACCUUUGAGUGGAAUUAAAAGACUCCCUGGCCCGGCUUCAGGGGGAUUUUUUAAGGAUCUCAACUCGACAUUCAGUUAUGUUUAGUGUUCAGUCUAGAGCUUAGUGUUAUCCUAGUGUUUAGUGUAACUUAUUCCAGGAUUCCAGGAUCGCUGUAGAGCCCUGCGAUGUGGCCUUUCGUUUACAUUUUAAGUACUCUGUAUGUGUAAAUAUAAAACAAGCAAUUUAAUGUUAAAUAAAGCGGAAAAUAUUUCAGUUAUGCGA